AUGGUGACCGGCGUAACUGGCGGUCAGGCAGAUCCUGCAAAUAUGAGCUCGGCCAAUGGAGCUGAACAGAAAAAACCUGGUGAUAAUAGAAGAAGUAACAAGCCGAUAAUGGAAAAGAGGCGUCGCGCGCGCAUCAAUAGUUGUCUCAACGAGCUCAAGGCGCUGAUCCUCGAUGCGAUGAAAAAAGACCCGGCGAGGCAUUCGAAACUUGAAAAGGCCGACAUUCUAGAGAUGACAGUGAAGCAUUUAGAAGGAUUGCGGUCGGAAGGGACCGGAUCGCCGGAUAGAUUUCGAGCCGGGUAUAGACACUGUUUGUCAGAAGUAACAAAGUUUUCGGGGCUGGACGCUGGGUUAAAGAGACGUCUCGUAAGACACUUGGAAAGCUGCGCUACUAGUCCAGGUAGUAGACCGGCUGCAGCACCUACUCCACCAUCUGAUGCAGAGGAUGUCGUCAAUUCGCCGCAGCAUUCUGCUAUAUUUAUAUCAGCUGGCGCCGGUUCAGGUGUACGUUUAGUACCAACACGAUUGUCCAAUGGCGACAUCGCGCUCGUUCUACCAGCUGGUGUCAAUGCCAGCACUCUGGGAGCUGUUCCGACGCUCGUGCCUCUAUCACCACGAGAUGCCACAUCAUCGGUAUCUUCAGAACCUCGCUGUUUCUCACCAGCGAGCUCUGGGUGGGAUACACCUCCACCACCGACUGAAGAACCUUCUCCCCUUGCUCUAGUAACUCGGAGACCCCCCGAAGAGAAGCCCUGGCGGCCGUGGUGA